CGAGGACGUGCAGCUCCCCCGCACCGGGAAGGGGAGGGGAGGGCAGGGCAGGGCAGGCCGCCCCCCUCCCUGGCCGGCAUGGCUCGGGGGAGGCGCCGGCCGUGCCCCGGGCUGGGGGCUGCGGGGGCGGGAGGAGGGAGCUGGCCGGGCCGGGGAGGGGUCACCUGCCCCGGCCGGAGCCGGCCGCCGGGAUGCCGCCCGCCAGCGCUGCCCGCGCUAAUUGGAUGUUCCCUGGAUGGAGGAUUCCCUCCCCUCCCGGCUGCGGGAGUCAUGAAGGCAGGCUCGGCUGCGCUUGAAAGUUUGCCAAGCAGCAGCUAGGUUUAAUUUCUUUAAGGAUCUGGGGAGAAAGGGGGGGGGGGGGGGGCGGGGGCUGGAGGGGGACCGUUUCCAAGCAUGGGAGACAGGCUGCCGGAGCCUCACGCCAGCUCUUCCCCUGCUGUGGCUGCCAGCUCAGAGGCGGAAGAAAUCGAGGUGCUGGACUCCGAGGAUGUCCUACCUAUGGCCGCAGAGGAUCACUGGAAAGCCCUAUUUGAUCAGUUCGAUCCUGACAACACCGGCUACAUCAGCACCGAGAAGUUUCGCUCUCUUCUCCAGAGACACGGCUCAGAGCUGGACCCCCACAAGCUGGAGGUCCUGCUGGCCCUGGCAGACAGCAACUCCGAGGGGAGGAUCUGCUACCAGGACUUCGUCAACCUGAUGAGCAACAAAAGGUCGAAUAGUUUCCGCCAAGCCAUCCUUCAGGGCAACAGGAGGCUGUGCAGCAAGGCGCUGCUGGAGGAAACGGGACUGAGCCUUUCACAGAGGCUGAUCCGGCAUGUUGCGUACGAGACCCUGCCAAGAGAGAUAGAUCGCAAGUGGUACUACGACAGCUACACCUGCUGCCCUCCACCCUGGUUCAUGAUCACUAUCACUAUUGUAGAGGUUGCCUUUUUUCUUUACAAUGGAGUGGUAUUAGACAGAUUCGUGCUGCAAGUCACCCAUCCUUUAUACCUGAAGAACACAUUACUUUACCAUCCUCAGCUCCGUGCUCAGGCUUGGAGGUACCUAACCUACAUAUUCAUGCAUGCAGGGAUAGAACACCUUGGACUCAAUGUUGUCCUUCAGCUCUUGGUUGGGGUUCCCCUGGAAAUGGUGCAUGGAGCUGCGAGGAUCAGUUUUGUGUAUGUUGCUGGAGUUGUGGCAGGGUCCCUGGCAGUGUCAGUAGCCGAUAUGACUGCGCCUGUGGUGGGCUCCUCUGGAGGUGUGUAUGCUCUCGUCUCCGCUCACUUGGCCAAUAUAGUCAUGAACUGGUCAGGAAUGAAGUGCCAAUUCAAACUGCUGCGCAUGGCUGUGGCCUUGAUCUGUAUGAGCUUUGAAUUUGGAAGAGCUGUGUGGCUGCGAUUCCACCCCUCCGCUUACCCACCAUGCCCACACCCCAGCUUCAUGGCUCACCUGGGAGGAGUGAUGGUUGGAAUCACCCUCGGUGUCAUCAUCCUGAGGAACUAUGAGCAGAGACUCCAAGAUCAGACUUUAUGGUGGAUCUUCCUUUCUAUUUAUGUCAUUUUUGUCUUGUUUGCCAUCUUCUGGAACAUUUUUGCCUACAGCCUGUUGGAUCUAAAGCUACCUCCCCCUCCUUGAAAACGUGGGACAGAAAGCUCGAAAACGGAAGUCAUUUGCCAGCUAUGUUAAAUGAACAAAGAUGGAGGAUCUAUUUUUAUAUUUUACUUAAGGGAGGAUGAUUCUUUUGAACACCAGUGAGUGCUGGAGGAGAUGCUUAAAGAUCUCGUGAAAGAAUGGGCUGAUCAGUUUGUUCACAGAACUAGCAGGUACUGUAAUACUGGCUGGCCUGGACCUUGUGGAUUCUCCACUGUCAGGGCUCCUCUUGGGCAGCUUGUACCUGGGCACUUACCACUUGGUUUGUUAGCACACGUAAAUAUUUUGUAUGAGAAGUUUGUAUUUUCCAGGUCAGUGCUAGAAUUAUGGCCACUUCUUGAAUGAAUCUCCUCAACGUUACUGAACGCUAAAAGGGAAGAAGAGCAGAUAUUUACUAAUUAGAGACUCACAUGGUAUUCACAAGACAGCUUGGGUUUGCUUUCUACAGACACAUCUGACUGUUCAGCCAUACCAGUGCCACAGUCUAAUUACUUGAAUGGUUCCUGAGAUAUAUUAGCCUACGGUGACACCUGUCUUGCACACCUUUCAAAGGAAUCGGCAGAACUUGAUCACCCAAGGCGAUGGAGGCUGGUCUUCAACUACAGGUCAAAUGAAAUUGCACUAUAAACCUUGGGAACUCUUAGAGUGCUGUGGGCACCCAGCCAGAGGUGACUUUUACUGUGCAUGUUUCACUUGAUUUAUUUUUUUUCCCAGUCUGCUGUGACUAGAGGAUGUGGCUGGGGUUUCUUUUUGGGGGGAUGGAGAAAAGGAGGGCAAAUGUUCAGUUGUGCUUUUAUCAGCUGACAAUCAGGUGCUGUUUCUCACUUUGUUUCUGGCCACGUUGAUCUAACAUCUGGUCUGUAGCAAGCUCCUAGCAAGGAUUUCAACUCUUCCAGCAGGUUCUUACUAGAAAAGGGGGACCAGGAUCACCCAUAGCAGCACAGGGUGGACACUAUCUCAUCUUUACAGCCAUACAGUCCAUUUGGGGCCAAAUCUGUCCACUGAAAUAAGUGGAGUUAAAUCAGGUUGUAUGUAGCACUUGUUUCCCACUGAGGCAGAAAUGGUCUCACAGUCUUACAGUGACCAUUGUGAAACUGACAAAACUGGUUUUAAAGUGACUGCUAAAUUUUGAGGAUGCCUCUUCCUGAGGCAGUGGACGUUCAGGGGCUCCAAGCAACAGUCAGUUGCAAUGAUGCCUUUUUCUUUAACAUGAGUCAAGCCCAGGUUUUAGCAAUUUGUAACUGGUCUGUAGCAUGGACCUGGGGACCAGACUGGAACACCUGUAGCACAAACAACGCUUAUAGGGACACUUCUCUGUAAGGUGCUUAUGUUAUUUUGCUUCUCACUUGAGAGAGCUGUCAAACUAUAGUCCAGGAACAUGGAUGCCCUUCUUUUCUCCCCCUUUACCCACCUCAUUUGAUGGCCUGGAUAAAGCAGCUGUAGGAGCCUCUCUAGAUUAGCUCCUUUCUUCCUUUCUUCUGUUUGCAUACAGGUGCCCAGGCACCAGCCACCAGAGCCUUCCACAGCACAUCUCAUGGGCACUAUAGCAGUUGUGUUUGCUCUGUAGCAAAACGUCUCUGUAUCGUGGGCUUUAUUCUCUCAGCUGUGUAAUCAGUGCUGCCAGAUGAUGCCACAAAUUACUAGUAGGAGUCUGUCUUUCUGGAGGGGACAUUCACAAGUGCUUAUGAGCUGCCCCCUUCUUUGCCUCUUAUGCAAAAAAUCUCCCUGAUCUGGAAGGGUGAAGUUCUGCUCCCACAGAAUGCACUAGUAGAAUUCCUGUUGCCUUGGGGGAAAGGGAGCAUGGACAAAAUAAGUGUUUCUACAGUCUGGAAUAAGCCUUACCUGCAGAAGAAACAAUAUUUGCCACUUUUGUAUACAGGAAUGGAACCUCUGAGGGCAACUGCACCUUUGCCAUUCUGUGUGACGGAUAAACUGCUUGUGCACUCUCAGAUCAAGGAACAAGAGGAAGGGACAAGGGUCAGAGCUCUGUUCAUUUUGGAGAAGGGGAUUGGUUCCCUGUGCCAUUUUACCUCUGUGGUUUGGGUCCAGAUGUAAGCAGUCGUGAAAGUUUACAUCGUUUCAGGUGCUGGCCAGUGAGUUUCAUAGCAGUGGAGAUCAUCUCCCUGGGGAGCAGCGGGAGAGCGGGGAGCUGGGAGAACACUGACAGACACAUGGUUAGCGCGUAAGGAAGACAUUCCUUUCCUCACCUAUUUCUAAGCCUUUCUGAUUACAGAUGCCUUUAAACAGAGGUGAGUGGAAAUGGGAGCUCCCCUGGAAGUUUUAGGAAAACUUUGAAAUUUAAAUCGCAACGAAACACAGAUUACUUUGCCUAUAAUCUACCAGGGUACAUUAUGCACUGAUUGACUUUGACUUCUGGUUUCUCAACUGAAAGCUAUUUAAUGCCCAUCAGUUUCUCCCCAGGAAAGGUUUCUGUGCCUCUGGUGAUGUGCUGUGGGGUGAAGCAGCAUGCUACAAGUUCAAGAGCCACCAGUUUCUUCAUCAGUCUGACCCUAGCCAACAUAUUUUUGCCUCUGCUCAGGUGUGGGAGGGAGCUAUCAGAGUAAUCCAGGCACCCUUCGGUUCUGUAUCCACAGAUGAACAUGGUUUGCAUGAACUGAUUGGAAACAGGUCUGAGGUUGAGCUUAUGACUUGUUCUUUUAAAGUGUUGUUCAUCUCUCUGUCUCCUCUUCUGUGUCCCCAUACGCUGUCUGAGCAAGUCUACAAGCAACCCUGGGGAUCAGAAAGGCCAGAUUUUAAAGCAGUACGAAAUGUAUUGUGGGUGAAUAAAUCAAACCCUCUCACAUCCCUGCUCAUCAGAGCUGAAAUCUCUCCCCAUACAUAGAGUGGGUUGUACAUAGAGCCUGUUGUCUUCUAAGAAUAUAUCAGCUCAUGGAGUCAGGAGCGCACAAAGUGCUUAAGCUUUUAUAGCUAUUUUUUUUUAAUCACUAAAAUUACACAGUGAAACUUAUGUUUUUACAGAGUAUCAGGAAAUCUAGUUAUGUUAUUUUCUAAUGCACCCAGGAAUGCCACACUGCUGCAGCACCAGAGAGCUAAUAGCAACCAGACUUUCCUUUUACCUCCAAAUGUCCUUGAGGCUGCUGACUUGUGUUGGAGUUGCAAUAUUUUCCACCCUGCUCAUUUGUGGUUCCAGCUUGUCACAGCAGCGUGUUCCUGAAGGAGCCAUCCACUGAGGACCGGGUUUGGUGAUUGUUCUGGUUUUAUUUCAGCUGCUGCCAGGAUGUCACGUCAGUCAGGUAAAAUGUGAAUCUAUUGAAUCUUAUGGAUGUGCAGCGCUAGAGCAAAAGGCAAGGACUGUUCUCAGUGUACAGGUUUGAACAGUGCGUGUUAGAGGGAGUUAUUUUUGGCUUUUGCCCUCGAGUGAGGACACGACACCUGGACUUCCCAUUUAGUACAUAUUUUGUAGCACUGGUCCAGAGAGGAUGGGUGUAGGGAGCAGUACCGCAGACUGGAGAGCCUGGGGUGCUGUUGCGGAGCUCCUUCGGGGACACCUGCCGGCAGCAACCGCUGCCAGUGAGAGCUGGUUAGAGAGGAAAACAGUGCAUUGUGCAGCUCUGUAAAGAGAGAAUCACACAUGAAACAAAACCCAAGAUUUUUAAAGGUAAAUGUGUUUUUAAUGUUGCCAUUAAUCAUUGGCUCUUAAUUGGAAAAAGCUUCCUAAUGAGGUAUUCCUGAAAUGCCAGUAGUAGUACAGAAAACUUGUGUUUCAGGGUACUUUACAGCACAGAGCACAAAAUAUUCCCCAGGCCUGAUUUAAGUAGCAAAAGUACCUUAAUUUCCAGUGAGCUUAAUAGAUAUGUUAGUCACCGUCUCCUGACUCCCCCACGGUGUCUGUCUAGUUUGCAAAUAAGCUAGAUUUAUGCAGCUUUUCUUUUGCUUACACUGCUAAUGCUAACAACACAUCCAAGUGUUAAAUACAAAGCACUAAACAAUGUAAUUUUCUGCCUUAAAAUACUGAACAAAUGAUACUUUCCCGUUAAGGGCUAGUAAAACAAAAAUAUAUUUGCAAGGUAAGAUGCUAUGGUGUAUUUCCAAAUAUUUUUGUAUUGUGUACAUUCUGUUUAUUUUUGUUGUAACAAUAUUAUUUGAGUGCGGAAUCCAUUAAUUUUUUUUCUUUUUAAAUAAAAUUGAGCAGGUCUGCAUCACA